AGGAGUCUUCGUCCGCUGUUCUCCGAUCUCUCGUGAUCUCCCUCUAACUCUGACUUAAAGCUUCCUGUUCGGUCUUUUCUCUCUCUCUCUCUCUCUCUCUCUAAACCCCACAAAUGGCAGAAAACUGCGCCGUUUCCUUCUCAGUUCCGUCGGUCGUUGACGGCGUCUACCCGACGGAGCCGCCGUCAAGUGACGAGGAAGUUCACGUCUUGGCCGUUGACGACAGCUUCGUCGACCAGAAGCUCAUCGCUCGCGUGCUGAAGAAUACCACUUCCUGCAAAGUGACGAUAUUAGACAGUGGGAAGAAAGCUCUGGAGUUCUUGGGAGUCCACGAAGAACAGGGAACCUCUGAAAUCCGUGCAAAUCCGGUUAAAGUCGAUUUGAUACUGACUGACUACAGUAUGCCGGAGAUGACCGGCUUUGAGCUUCUCGAGAAAAUCAAGGCUUCGUCGGUUUACAGCAAAAUACCAGUCGUAAUCAUGUCUUCAGACAACGUCCUCACUAGAAUUCAAGAAUGUUUGGAGGCAGGUGCCUUAGAUUAUAUCAUCAAACCGGUAAAACUCCAGGAAGUGGAGAAAUUCUUGGAUUUCGUCAAGAAAGGCCGUGGAAUGAACGAUGCCCCUUACUCAACGGAAGACCUCCGUGGCGUUUUCGACGCCGUUCCUUCUUCCCCACCGUACAUCUCGCCGUCGUCUUCACCGUCAACUCCUUCCUUCUCCGUUUCUCCCCCGCAGUCGGGACGAUGGUCACCGGCGUCAACUUCUCCGGCGUCGUCGUCGUCGGGAUCAUCGACCGGAGUCUUCCCCAACUUUAACCACUCCACUUGAGUUGAGCCAGUGUAUGUAUGGUCGAUUUUUAUCCACCGUUACCGUUAAAUGAAGUGAACAGCAUGCAAAUAUCUGCCGUUAUCUCCCCAGAAACUUUUCUAGUUUCCGUUUGCGUGCGUUAUUCCAACCUCUACUUCCGUUUUCUACGUACAGUGGCAUGAUUUAUGCAUGUUUUAACUUGUCCCUGUCCAACGCUUCUUCUUCUUCUUCCUCUUCUUUAUUUAUUUCUUA